CAACAAUGUUCUCCUGCCAUUGCUUCGAGCUUCUCCCUCUCCUCUCCUCUCCUCUCUGCGACCGAAGGUGUCGAGCUGCUUUCGUCUGAGGACAAAACAGCAGGAGAGUGUAUCCGCGAUGAGGAUGGUAGUGGCUGCAGACGCGAUCGAUGCCGAUGCUCUUGUGCAGACGCCGCGGCCCUCGGUCUUUGAGCAUCUUCCUGACCUUGGGGAGCUACUGGGAGGGACUGGGAAAGCGAAGUUGGUAUGGGCGAGCAUCAGGGCUGGGAGGGACCCAUGGACGGACGAGACAGUGACGGAGAAGGCGAGGAAGAAGCUGAAGGAGAACUUCCAGGAGAUCCCGCGAGUCUCCCACGUCACCAGAGCAUCUUGUGGGACCAUCAAGCUCCUCAUCGCCAUGCAGGACGGCAUGGAGAUCGAGAGUGUGGUCAUACCCCAUGAAGGCAGACCGACCGCCGCCUCAGUCGUUGAGCCUCGCACAACCUUGUGCGUGAGCAGCCAGGUCGGAUGCAAUCGGGCCUGUUCCUUCUGCGCUACUGGCAAGAUGGGAUUCAUCCGCCAGCUGACCUCGCACGAGAUCCUCUCGCAAGUCUACAUUGCUCUCCGUUGCAUCAAGGAAGAGAAUCUGCCGCCGCUGCACAACAUUGUCUUCAUGGGCAUGGGAGAACCGCUCAACAAUUUCGUCAACGCUUGUGAAGUCCUCACCGAUCAAAACUGUUUUCAGAUGGCGAAAAAUCGCGUGACCGUGUCCAGCGUUGGCCCUUCACCUGCCGUCAUCCGGGCGGCUGCUGGGAUCCCUGCGAUGCUCGCAUGGUCGGUGCAUGCAGCAGAUGACACGACCCGAUCCAAGCUGGUCCCCACCACGGCGAACACGAUGGUCGAGCUGAGAGACCAAGGCGAGCGGAUGACAAGUGUGGCAGUCACGCUUAUCGAUGGCAUCAAUGACUCGGUCGAGCAAGCGGAUCAGCUCAUGAAGCUGCUCACUCCCCUCCUAGAGCAAGGUCCAGCUCUGAUGCCAGCUGAAAGCCUGCUGAGGUUCCACGUACUGGCAGGGCUGAAGGUCUGUGUGGAUCUGAUCCCCUACAAUGACAUCGGGACGGAGGAUUGCACCCCUCCAGCUGACGUCCACCUGCAGGUUCCAGCGGCACAUCAUGAGCGGGGGUUCGCCUGCUUCGUGCGCGUGACGCGAGGAGACGAUCAGUCGGCAGCUUGCGGUCAGCUGGCGACGUCGUCGAAGUCCUCGCGGAAACAGAGUUGA